GGUGAGAUGGAGAGACAGAUGGCAAGAGAGGCGACAAGAGACUGAGGUUAACAGUAAGAAACAGAUAUGAAGGGUCGGACCGUGAAACUGCUGCUCUUUUUGAACCUCUUUUUUAUGGGGGGCCUUUUGAUCCUUCCCAUUUGGAUGACCAUGGAGAAAGUGUUGGACAAACCUCGCCGUACUCUAAUGGAUACAUGUAGCCUCUGCAGGGAAAGGAAAAAUCAGUACAUAGAUUUUUGCUCUCAAGCUUCAAAGACAGAGGAAACAUCGAGUCCCAGUAUAGACCAAUCUGCGAAAGAGCCUGAGAAGCCACAAGACUCUAAGUCAUCUGUCCCAUGCAAAGACUGCAGAAAGAAAAUAACCGAAAUGCUAAAGCCUUACUCUAAAGACUGGAAGAAACACGGGGAAAAGCACCACGAAAUAAGGUCUCAGCUGAACUUGAAGGUCAGUGGUUAUGAGAAGGCCAUCAUUACUCAGGAAAACACUCCAGUGGGAACGACGCUCGAAAUGGAUGGCCAGAAAAAGAGAACUGCCGAGGUGAAAGAAGGGCAUUUUAACACAUUUUUGAAGACGAAUCCUUUUGCAAAUAAAACGUACGAACGUUGUUCUGUUGUUGGGAACGCUGGGAUCCUGACAAACAGCACCUGUGGAAAGACGAUCGAUUCAUCAGAUUUUGUUAUCAGAUGCAACUUACCUCCUUUGACAAAUGAGUAUAGGGAAGAUGUUGGCGUCAAGACAAACCUUGUGUCAGCAAACCCGAGCAUCCUCCACCAGAAGUAUGGCUCUCUUUUAGAUUCUCGACGAGCGUUUAUGGAGAAACUGUGCCAGUAUGGAGACUCCAUGCUUCUCCUUCCCGCCUUCUCUUAUUCUGGAAACAUUGCUGUCUGUAUGCGGGCUUCCCACACGGUUAAAGAUUUUGGAAGCCCCAUGGAACCUAUCUACUUCAGUCCACAGUACUUGAAAGAUCUUGACACCUUCUGGCGCUCUCAAGGAUGGAACGCCGUACGGCUCAGCACUGGCAUGAUCCUGACUAGCAUGGCGCUGGAACUCUGUGAUGAACUCCACCUGUACGGCUUCUGGCCCUUCGAACUUCACCCAGAGACCUUCAAGGAGCUGACCAACCACUAUUACGAUGACUUAAGACCAAAGGGGGGCUUCCAUGCCAUGCCGGAAGAGUUUAAGCUCUUGUUACACCUGCACAACCAGGGUGUACUCAAGCUGCACAUUGGAGACUGUCCACCCAGUGAAGAGUAGUCUAACUGAGGGGGAAAAAA